AUGUCUUCAACAUCGACAGGGAGUCCUACAGGACUCGCGAAAUUCUUGAACAUCACCUCGGCAUCGCAAAUCUUUGGCGCCUUGUUUGGUGUACUGCUUCUCCGCUUCAUUGCUAGAGCCAUCUACCGCAUAUACUUCCACCCCCUCAGGCACUUUCCAGGGCCCAAACUGAACGCGGCAACGCGCAUCCCAUACCAUAUUGCAACUUUGAAGGGCUCGAGGGACACGCUCUUGCGAGACUUACACCGAAAGUAUGGGCACGUCGUCCGAAUUAAUCACGACGAGCUCAGUUUCACAGAUCCGAAUGCUUGGAAAGAUAUCUACGGUCACGGCACCAAAGGCACUGCAGGAUCUGUCCCUAACAAGGACUGGUUGAAGUAUGGUACAUCGCCUAACGGCGCGAUCAGUAUCAUCGUCGCUCGCGACCAAGACCAUAGCCGCCAACGCAAGAUCUUCACGCCCGCGUUUUCGGAUCGCGCGCUUAAGCAACAGGAACCACUUUUCGUCAAAUAUGUAGACAAACUCGUCACCCGGUUACGACAAACCGUCGAAAACAACCCAAACGAGAAGCUGGAUAUGGUUCGUCUCUAUAACUUUUGCACAUUCGAUGUCAUGGGUGAUCUGACCUUUGGGGAACCGCUGCAUAUGCUUGAUCAAGCCGAUUACGAUCCGUGGGUCAGCAAAAUCUUUGCAGGCCUCAAGAUGGGAUCCUACUUUAGCGUCAUGAUGGCGUAUCCAUGGCUGUGGCGGACAUUCAAGAGAUACGUACCUGAGUCUAUAAACAAGAAGCGAAUGGACCACUUCAACCACUCCGUAACGCGUGUCACAAAACGACUUGAGAAGGGUCGAGAUACCGAAGGCGUUGAUCUUUGGGAUCUGGUACUGGGCCAAAAAGAGGGACGAGGCUUGACCAGGGGAGAGAUGGACGCGAACUCCUCCUUAUUCAUGAUCGCUGGAACGGAAACAACGGCUACUCUUAUAUCAGGGUUAACAUACUUGCUCCUGCGCAACCCGGACUGCAUGAAGAAGUUAAACGAGGAGAUCCGUAGCGCGUUUGCCAGCGACGCCGAUAUGACCAUGGAGCAGCUCGCUGCAUUGCCGUACCUGGCAGCUUGCAUCAAGGAAGCUUUCCGUCUUUAUCCACCAGUUCCACUCGGACUUCCGCGCCUCACACCGCAGGAUGGCAGCACUGUCGUGGGCCAAUUCAUACCACCUGGCGCCGUUCUUAGCAUCCCUCAACACGCGAUGUAUACACAUGAGAAGAACUUUAAAAGGCCAAUGGAGUUCCUUCCACAAAGAUGGCUAGGCGACAGCGAGUUUGACGGCGAUGAGAAACAGUGUCUUCAGCCAUUCUCCGUUGGUUCCAGAGAUUGUCUCGGCAAGAACAUGGCAUAUCAUGAGAUGCGCCUUAUCGUUGCAAAGACCUUGUAUAACUUCGAUAUCGAACUCUGCCCUGAGAGCAACGACUGGAGCGAUCAAGCAACAUACGUUCUCUGGGAGAAGAAGCCUCUAAUUUGCAAGUUGAAGGCUGUCAACUAG